AUGCGGCCAGGCCAAAGAACGCCGACUUUGCCCUCGACAACAUCUCCCGUCGUGCCCGUCUUCCGCACUCUCGAGUCGUACAGCGCCAAGAACGUUGCCGCCGCCUUCGAACCGGUCGUGGACACCCGACAGGUCGACGACGUAUGGCAGCAGGUCUGCGUGCGGGUGUUGCCGCUCUUCAAUGGUGAAGGCAUGCGGGGCUACGUCGAGGAGUUGAACGAGCUUGUUCUAACUCACGUCCAGCGCACCUUCGCACGCUGCCAGACCUCACGCGUCCGACUACAGGGCCAACUCCCCUCUGUCAAUCUCUCAUCUCUCGUCACCGGCCUCCUUGUCGCCGACUUGACCGACCUGAUUCGCACCGGACUCACAACCCUCGCCAACAAGCUCUCCCCUCUCGCACCCGCACCCCCUCUCAAUGACGACCGGCUCCUCUCGCGCCUCAACGAGAUUUGGCUCUUCUUCUUUACCGGCAUCCUCCCGCAUCUCGAAGCCGUCUUCUGGGUCCUCCGCUCCGACGACCGCCUUCGCGCAGCAGUCGGCGAGACCUGGGAGGAGCGCGAGCGGCAAGGACGAACGGGUCACGCAGAAGGUCGCAUCGACGUUCGGCGAAUCGCUCUCAUCGAGUUUCGUGACCAGAUCAUCCAUCCGGAAAUCGGUCGCCUCUUGCAUCUCUUCAAGAGUCUGUACCGCGUGCCGCCUGGCCAUCCCGAUGUCGAGCGGUCGCGACAGGGUAGCCAAGAACCGUCCGCGUCUCCUACACCUCCCGACAUCCGCCGAACCCGCUCGCAACCUCCGCCUCAGAACGGCACCCAGUCUCCAGCCUUUGUCCCGCCACCGUCUCCACAUCCUCAACGGCAGCAUUCCUCCCCCUCCCGUCUCUCGCCCGACCCGAACUUUCUCUCCUCGUUCCCCUCGCCGUCAAAUACGCUUCUUUCGCCCACGAUGUCGCAAUUCUCGCCCUCGACUUUCGCCUCUCCGCCCACCCCGUCCGAUCCAUUCAGUGGCUCCGCCUCAGCGCCCAUCUCGUCCGAAAUCGGUCCAGCAGCAGCUUCACAAGCUCUCGCUCGUCGUCGGCAGAUGAUCGCCGUCCUCUCGUCGCUCUUGACCGCCGACGACCGGCAGCAAGAGAUGGACAGCCUGAUGCGGGCUAUCCGACCCGAGUUCAAUUCGCGAUACCGCAGGCGACGGAGCAGUUUCGACAGUGAUGAUGUGGCGCGAGCAGCAGGUCGCGUAGCCGGAGACAGUCGACGACCGAGGGCAGCGUCGGAAGGGUACGGAACGCCCGUCAUCGUAGGUCCGAUGGACGACGCGGGUCGCUCGGCGCUCGAUUCGGGCGCAAAUACCGGCAUGACGGGAUCACCACUCAUGCUCACCGAUGGGCCCUCGUCGUUGUCGGACGACACGCAUCUCCUCCCACCGCCCGUUCCCGCCGCCGUUCCUCUCGCUCCUCUCGCCCCGACCGCCCCGUCAGCACACCACAAUCUGCUGUCCACGACCGAGCGCAAGAUCACCGCACGGCAGCGCAGCCGAACGAUGGACUCGCUCGACGAGGAGCCGCCUCACAUCGACCAUUCGCAACACCCCAUGCCCCACCCUCUUCCAGCAGCAGUCACUUCACGCGCCUCGCUCGACGUCGCACCGAGCGCCGAAGCGGAGAAGCAGCAAGUGAAGAAGCAGCGUAGGCGCAGUUUUCGACCUUGGCUCUCACGGAGCGACUCGGCGAACAGCUAUGCCUCAGGUGCGAGCUCGAAGCUCGACGAGGACGCCGUGGCGGAUGAGUCGUCGUCUUCGAGGCCUGGCAGCGGGCAUGGGUCGGUCAGUCUGGGAGGAGACAAGUUGAGGAGGGGUUUGCUGAGGCGCAACUCGUCGAAGAAGGCGGUCGAACUGUCGGCGGUGCCGCAGCUAGGAGUCGCGAGCGGCUUCGCCGUCGAGGGGGACGUACUGGAGUGA